CGUUCCUCUGCAGAGAGGCGCAGCGCUCCGCUCACCUGCAGAAGCGCCUCGGAAGCGCCCCUAACAUGCGGCUGCCGCUGCUCGUGUCCGCGGGCGUCCUGCUGGUGGCUCUCCUGCCCUGCCCGCCGUGCAGGGCCCUCCUUAGCCGGGGGCCCGUCCCGGGGGCCCGGCAGGCCUCGCAGCACCCCCAGCCCCUGGAUUUCUUCCAGCCUUCGUCGCAGCCUCAGCAGCCGCAGGCUCGGCCCGUCCUGCUCCGCAUGGGGGAGGAGUACUUCCUCCGCCUGGGUAGCCUCAAUAAGAGCCCCGCUGCUCCGCUCUCGCCCGCCUCCUCGCCUCCUGCCGGCAGCAGCGGCAGCCGCCUUUCGCCGGACGAGGUGGCCGCCAACUUUUUCCGCGCGUUGCUGCAGCAGCUGCCGCUGCCCCGGCGCCCGCUCGACAGCCCUGCGAGUCCGGUGGAACGCGGCGCCGAGAACGCCCUCGGCGGCCGCCAGGAGGCACCGGAGAGGGAGAGGCGAGCCGAGGAACCUCCCAUCUCCCUGGAUCUCACCUUCCACCUCCUCCGAGAAGUCUUGGAAAUGGCCAGGGCUGAGCAGUUAGCGCAGCAAGCUCACAGCAACAGGAAACUGAUGGAGAUUAUUGGGAAAUGAAACGGUGCGUUUGGCCAGAAAGAUUCUGCAUUUAACACAAAAAGUAAAAAUAAAAAAUAAUGCAGUAUUCUGUACCACAGCAUUGCUCUGAUACCAUUUGUUUAUUUUUAUAUAGCUUGAGACGUAGAGGAUGUACAGCAAGAGCGCCCGUACUCCUUAGUGAGCAUGCACACAUGUAUUCACGUGCAGCAACGCAACAUCCUGUAAUUUGUACCGUGUACUUAUAGUUUCUAUUUCCAGGUGUCUUUAACAGUGUUUUAAAGAGAGUAUAGACCCAGGAGGAAAUGUUUUGAAGAAGCAGACAGAAGUCACCCAAUUGAUUUGGUUGUGAUUUGAGCCAAAAAGAAUGUCAUUCUCUUGGGUGGGUGAGUCAAAAUCUGUAAGCUCUUUGAACCAACUUUUCCUUGUAAAUGUUUCAGUAAUAAAACAGCUUUCCAAUCCUUGGUCAAUUUGGUUGUGUAAGAGAAUGUUGAAUAUUUAUAUUUCUAAUAAAAGCUGC